CUGGAAGCUUUUGGGAAAUAAAGAACUUUAAUUAUUUUAAUCAUGUCACAACCAUCUGCACUUAACGAAAACCACGCUCUUUACAUUGUUUCGUUGACCAUCAACGAUUGUUUGGGUUGUGGUAAGGUUCAUCUGAAUCUCAGCAAUGUCAAUCCUGCAAACCGAGACAGUGUUUACAUGAUCGUCUACGAUGUGUUGGAGGAUGUGUCAAAGGAUCUACCGGCAGUAACUCCCGUGGGGCAGGCCAUACUACUUCUUUGCACUCUAACUUAUCCUGAUGGUAAAAGUCUGGCAAAGAUUCCCCAUCUUCAAAUCGGAAAAGGAAGCGUUUCCAUGAGUUUCGAGAUGCAUUCAUUGGAGAUAGUUGAGGAGGAGGAUGACGUGGAAAGCGACCUCGACGAGACGCCCUGCACUUCCAAACAGGCUUACGAACGAAUUAAGUGGCGAAGGGUUCGCAAAAACCGGAAAUCCCCCGUUAAAAAGCUCAAACCCAAAGUAAUCAAGGUUAUCGUGGAGCGCCGUUUUGAUGCAUUGGACUCCUUGGACUCCGUUUCCUAUAAAAUAAACGGGGGCAAAAUUGAAACUCUUAGCAUCUCGGACUUCCACACAAUGUUCUUUUUGCGGCCACAACACUCGCAGAAUUAUCUAAAAGAUCUACACCAGAAAUGCGCUGGAAAUUGGCUUAAGCUUAUUCAAAGCGAUGAGGAAGGAGACCCCUUUAGUAACUUCAAGGAAUCCAACAGCCCCUUUGAAACCUUUGUAAAGCUUUUUGAUCGCCAGGCGAUGCAACCACAGGACGCUUUAUGUAAAUUGGCCAAAACUUGCCUGGAGGUCAAGGAGGCAGUGCGUCUUGAAGAGCGUAAGUUUGUACUGGAGGUCUUUAACCAAGUGCGUCGCAUUUUCGAGUACAUCACAGCAAACGAGUACACCGUUUGGUUUGUGGUUCCGAGCCAAAACGAUAGUCAAACACUGCGUCCCAUGACGCUCGAUGACUUCGAUUUGACCAAGGUGCGUACCUCCAUUCGUGCAGCUGGCGAUAAGGGCAAUGUUUUCUGGGAUUAUACCAAUCACAAUAUCAAAGAUUUAUUAUUGAUGGCCUUUCAAUUGGCUUUGGCCAGCAAUGUCAAUCAGUCGGUUUUGGUUAUGAGUCAUUUGAAAACGUUAGCGGAGUUCUUAACUAUGCAAUAUGUUACGGCCAGCUUUAUGAACGAUGCCUAUGUGAAAAAUCCCUCGGAUUCUAAAUGGAUCUGUCACUGCUAUUUGCAGCGCAUCGUUGACAUGGCUUUGUUCCCGGGCACAAUUGUCAUCGUUGAAUAUCCUAGUGCUUUGACUCUAUUGAAAGAAGGUCGCCAGUUAAUUAAGUGCUUCCAAAAAAUUGGACCAUCGGGGAAAAUGCAAUGGGAAGUUUUCGAGGAUGUUGUCAAAAACAAUGAGGGAUACCUGGAUUUUCUCAAGGAGGUCGUCAACGUAAACCAAGUUGACUAAGUAUAAUCAAAACUAAUUUACUAGCUUCGGCUCAAACGAAAUUCAUUUAUCUGCCGUCUGCGGCUUUCACACGCAAAUAUUUCCAUGUUCAUUUUCUAAUUACGCCACAGCUCACGGGCCAACUGAACUCGGGUUGAAAACUCAUUCUUCAGCUCUAUUUCAAUUAGGGUUUUGCCGGCUGUCACUUCGAGUGCCUCUGGUGAAGCCGUCGAGGGUCCUUGCAAAACCAACUGCACCGAUGCCAACACAAAAACAGCAACUACAAUGGCCUGUCAGACAAGAGGCACGCGUCAUUUGCCGGCAAAAUGCAUUUCGCGCUUACCCAGAAACAAUUUUUAGCUAAAAUCACCCAGUGACCCAGAUGGAAGGAUAAGAGCCCGGAGAUGCAUCCUGAUGGAAUGCUGACUGACUGACUGGCUGACGGACUUGAAUGAUUGGCGGUUGUUGGGGCAAUUUUUUGGGAGGUGACGCCAGGAAAUUAUCCUUUUGAAGACAGGGAUAUAUUUCUACUUUUUUUGUUUUGCAUGAGCUAAGGUUUUUUUACUACGGUUUUUAAAUUUGUAACCUUGUGCUAUUCGUAAUUAUAUACAUUCUAUACUUUACUAAAACCAUAUUUAACUAAGAAAAGUUGAAUGUAACUAUAUUUUAACUUGAAAUCAAACCUCUAAUUUAAUUGAUGAAUGGUUUAUUUUGUUUAAUUUUAAAAUUUAUUUCAUAAAGAUGAACAAUAAAGAUACUGCACACUCCAU